AUGGCUCUAUGGUUGCGGCUGUUGACAUAUGCUCUCUUGAUGAGCGUUCUUCUUAAGGGUUGCCUUUUUGAAAAUCUGGGAAGUGCAAGGAACAGUGAAGAAAGGAGGAAUAGCAGAAGAAUAGCAAUCUCUUCAUUAUUCACAAAACCUACACCAGUCAACUCGACGCUUCAAUCUCACAAUGAGUCAUCCGACAACAAUGUAACCCUAGAAAAUAUCAGACGAUUGAACGCAACCAUUGAUUCAACAUCUCCAAGAAAUCGUCGGGAAUUCCUCAGAAUUAAAAGAGACUCAAGUUUUCAAGACGAAAAUUCUUGGAUGUCUCCGCAGAAAUCAGAUUUUGACUUCACCAAAACAGCAGAACCAAAUCUGCUAACCGAUGAUGUUCAGACAUUCGCGGAAGUCGAAGGUACCACUGAGGAUACUACAGUUGCAGAACAACCAGAUCAGUUCGGAAUAAACGAUCUGUCUUCAGAGCAACCAGAUCCUUUCGGAAUAAACGAUCUGUUUUUAGAUGAACCAGAUCAGUUCGGAACAAACGAUCUGUCUUCAGAGCAACCAGAUCCUUUCGGAAUAAACGAUCUGUUUUCAGAUGAACCAGAUCUGUACGGAAUAAACGAUCCGCAUUCAGACGAAUCUGACACCGGAGCUUCCGCAACUACGACAAGACUACCAGAUCUGUUCGGAACGACUGAUCUGUUUUCAGAUCAAACAAAUCAGUUUGGAACAAACGAUCCGCAUUCAGACGAAAGCAACAACAGAGAUCCCGCAACUACGACAGAACAAUCAGAUCCGUUCGAAAUAGACUAUCUGUUUUUAAAUUAUUCAGAUCAUUUCGGAAUAUACGAUCUUUUUUCAAAUCAAACAGAUCAGUUCGAGACAAACGAUUUGCAUUCAGACAAACCUAACACCAGAGCUUCCGCAACUACGACAAAAGAACCAGAUCACUUCGGAACAACCGAUCUGUUUUCAGACCAAACAGAUCCUUUCGGAAUAUACGAUCUAUUUUCAGAUCAAACAGACCCUUUCGGAAUAUACGAUCUGUUUUCAGAUCAAACAGAUCAGUUCGGAACAAACGAUCCGCAUUCAGACAAAUCUGACGCCAGAGCUUCCGCAACUACGACAAAACAACCAGAUCACUUCGGAACAACCGAUCUGUUUUCAGACCAAACAGAUCCUUUCGGAAUAUACGAUCUGUUUUCAGACCAAACAGAUCCUUUCGGAAUAUACGAUCUGUUUUCAGAUCAAACAGAUCAGUUCGGAACAAACGAUCCCCAUUCAGACAAAUCUGACGCCAGAGCUUCCGCAACUACGACAAAACAACCAGAUCAGUUCGGAACAAACGAUCCGCAUUCAGACAAACCUGACACCAGAGCUUCCGCAACUACGUCAAAACAACCAGAUCACUUCGGAACAACCGAUCUGUUUUCAGACCAAACAGAUCCUUUCGGAAUAUACGAUCUGUUUUCAGACCAAACAGAUCCUUUCGGAAUAUACGAUCUGUUUUCAGAUCAAACAGAUCAGUUCGGAACAAACGAUCCGCAUUCAGACAAAUCUGACGCCAGAGCUUCCGCAACUACGACAAAACAACCAGAUCAGUUCGGAACAACCGAUCUGCACUCAGAUGAACCUAACACCAACGACUUUAGGACAGAAGGAAAGACAGAAGAACGUGAGACAAACGAGACAGAAGUAGUAUUAACAUCACAAACAAGCAGUUCAAAUGAAAACAAGCUUUCAUCCAACUCCACAUGGGGGGAUGAUGUCAUAGAUCGUCGACAUUUCACAGAUGAAGAUGGUGAAAACAAUCAAACAUCAACCGAAGCUGCUGGUAAUGGAACAUUGCUUCCAAGCGAAGCGUAUGGUAAAGGACUUCGUGAUUCGAACAAUACAGCACCGACGAGCAUGUUUCUUUUUGAUGUUUCCAUGAGAUCUGACAUCAUAAUGGCUGUCAUCUUUAUCGUACUCAUUGUGCUUCUACUAGCUCUUAUCAUAAUACUUAUUGGAGUUAGAAACGAAAGGAAACAUACUCGACGAAGAAAGGAAUCGCUACGACAAGAAAUGCUCGGGCAACAGUCAUCACCACCGGUUCUUCCUAAGGUUUCACCCGAUUCGAAAGGUAAAGGUGAAAAGAGAACAGACACAAAGAUUGAUAUUGACAACCCGACUCCUCAACCUGCACCCCAACAGCCUUCCGUGGAUCGCAAUACGGAUAUAAUUUUUGAGACUCCUGAUGGCAAUACUAUUGACAUUUACAAUGAUGGAAACACACUCAUUCAAGUGAAGAGGGGACUUCGUUAA